CGCAGCAGGCGGCGGUGCCCUUUCCAAAGAUGGCCGCGCCGGGUUCGUUCUUUAUGUUUUUCCCCGAACCCAUCGUCGUUACGUUGCCCGCCUCCAAGAUGGCGGGCCGGCGGUUGUCCUGCUUUGUCAGGUGGUGAGGGGUGAAAGGCGACGGUCUCUUUUCGGCUCUGGGAAGAAGAUGGCAGAAAGCGAGCGGCAGGCCGAAUCCCCUGAGGAAGCAGCACCACCACCUCCUCCCUACCAGAAUUUCAUGAUCCCCAAGAAGGAAAUCAACAUGGUUCCCGACAUGGGGAAGUGGAAAUGCUCUCAGGCUUACACCGAUUACAUGGGCUUCAUUCUCAAGCUGAACGAAGGCAUCAGAGGGAAGAAGCUGACGUGUGAAUACAAAGUCUCUGAGCCAGUUGAAAAGCUGAUAGCCCUCCUUGAUACCCUCGACAAGUGGAUCGACGAGACGCCGCCGGUGGACCAACCGUCUCGUUUCGGGAACAAGGCCUUCCGGACAUGGUACGCCAAACUAGACCAGGGGGCCGAGAACCUGGUAGCCACUGUGGUUCCCAUAGAGCUGUCGGAAGCUGUCUCUGAGGUGGCCGUGUACCUGAAAGAAUCCGUCGGUAACUCCACGCGUAUCGACUACGGGACAGGUCAUGAAGCGGCAUUUGCCGCCUUCCUAUGCUGCCUGUGCAAAAUUGGCGUUCUCCGAGUGGACGACCAGCUGGCCAUUGUCUUCAAAGUGUUCAACAGGUACUUGGAAGUCAUGCGGAAACUCCAGAAAACCUACAGAAUGGAACCGGCCGGCAGCCAAGGAGUCUGGGGUCUGGACGACUUCCAGUUCCUUCCCUUCAUAUGGGGCAGCUCACAGCUGAUAGAUCACCCAAACCUGGAACCUCGACAUUUCAUCGACGAGAAAGUGGUGAACGAAAACCAUAAGGACUACAUGUUCCUUGAGUGCAUCCUGUUCAUUACAGAGAUGAAGACGGGCCCCUUUGCGGAACACUCCAACCAGCUGUGGAACAUCAGCGCGGUCCCCUCCUGGUCGAAAGUCAAUCAGGGCCUCAUCCGCAUGUACAGAGCUGAGUGCCUGGAGAAAUUUCCCGUGAUCCAGCACUUCAAGUUUGGCAGUUUGCUUUCCAUCCAGCCCAUCGCAUCUUAAGGAGGUUUUUGAGGGUGCUCUUUUCCCUUGAGUGGUGGGGCAGGGGGCACAAAGCCUCGGAGAGAGCAGGGUGCAGCCAGAGUUCUUCCUGGUCACCCCCCACCCCUACCCCUCAUGCAGACGCAGCCCACUCAUUCCUGCGGAUUGUCUGAUAUUUUUGCAGCAUAUUAUUUUUGGGGGGGCGGGAGGGGGGAUUGAAAGGAAGGGGGAAAAACCAGGAAGAGUUUCUGCAGCACUUGAAGAAUCUUGUGUUUGAAGACGGGGAAGAAGCCCACCUUGGCAUGUGAGCGCUCGCCUUUUGACACUGGACCACAGCAAUCUUCUCUCUUUCUCUGUCUCUCUCUGCACAGGACUGGCCUUUGCCCCUGAUUUUUUAUUUUAAUAUAUAUAUAUAUGUGUAUAUAUAUAUAUAUAUAAAGGCCUGCUGUAUAUUGAUCCAGGGAAUAAUCAAAGUUCUAACACUGAGCAGGGCAGGGGAGAUCUGACUGCUCGGACUGUUCUCUGGGUGCGUUGUCACAUUUGGCAGAACGGAAACGGGAGGAGGGAAGAAAAAGCGAAGGUUGUGCUUUUUGGGCUGAGUGGGUGGUGAGCUUUUGUGCGUGCGUGUGAGUCGGUAGCUGCCUUAGAAAUCAGGCAGUUGGAGAGGGUGUGUGUGUGUACGUUUCAACUGGAUUAUUUGGAGCCAUAGGCUAGGAAUGAGGGGCCUGUGGCCCUCCCCAUGUUGCUCAGCGACCUCUCCCGUCACUCCUGGCCACUGGCCCCGCUUGGCGCAGGGGCUGAUGGGCGUUGUCGUUCAGCGACCUUGGGAGGGCUGCAGGUUCGGUGGAAGAGCUGAGGAAUGAAACCGCGUCUUCCUGUCUCUGCGCUCCAUCUUCCCCAUGUGGCCCCAGCCAAAAGCAUCAGGGCACACACUGCUUUUCCCCUCCUGCCAGGGGGGCUUGCUUUGGAACUGUGUGGGGCCAGGGGGAGCGGGCCGCAUUGCUGUAAGAGCAGCGUCCCCCCCCCCAGCUGUUCUGUUAGAGGUAGUGGUUGUUUUUUUAGCUUAGGCCAUGGCUGUCCGCACCUUGCUGGGCUCCCAGUUCUCACGAACCCUAACCACUGGUCAUGCUGGUCAGUGCUGCUGAGAGUUGGGCAACCAGCAACAUCGGGAGGGGGAGGCAGCAGGUAACCCACCCAGCCCCUGCCCGGAUCAUAGGGACAAGAUGGCUACACCCCCAUCUCCUCUAGGCUGGGAGUGGAGCAGGGCAGCCAAGUAUACACAGGGUUUGGUCUUUCUUUUUUUGGUCUAACCCCCCCCCCCUUCCAUCUCCAUCUCGUUGCUUCAGGGCAGAGUCCGGGUUUAAAACCCGGCGGGUUCAGAGGGGCUGCUCCUCCUUUGCUUGGAGAUUUUUGGUAGCAUUCCCACAGCUAACUGCCGAUGGGAUUUAAAAAAAACAAAACGCCUCUUUUCAUAAAUCACAUAUUAAAUUAAAAUCAAAUCCUUAUCGGUGGGGAACCUGUGAUCCUGCAGAUGUGGUUGGACCACAGCUCCCACCGUCCCUGGCCAUUGGCCAUGCUGGCUGCAGAGAGUUGUAGUCCAACAAACUCCCCACCGCUGAUCUAAGAAGAGGCAUUCCCCCCUCUCUCAUAUGAGGGAAUGCCUCUUCUGAAUAGAGGCAUUCUUCCUGCUCUUGCACAGCGGUAGAGAAUGUGCUUCUUGGGUUAGGGACAGGGAACCUGUGGCCCUUGACCUUUGGCAGAGGUGGAGUCCAACAUCUGGAAGGCCUCUCCGUUCCCCGUCCCUGCCCUCCGUGAAUGUUUUUAUCGUAGGUUGGAAAUUGCAAGGUGGCAGCUGUGUUGUGUUUCCCAGUUGUGAAAUCGCAGGCCCUGUCGACAUCCUCAAAACCCAAUCUCCAACCUGUUUCAACGGUGACACGGCUCGCCAGCAGAGAACCCUGGUCCUUUUCCUUUGGGGAGUGGGAAGAAAUGGGUGGCCCCCCCAAACUAAGGAUUCCAAGUACUGUUGCCAAACUUAUAAUGAGAUGCUCUGGAGAGAGGCAGGGCAAUUGCCCCUGCUUAAAGCUGGUUCAAAUGUGUCCUGUCCUCACGUGCCCUGCCGAGGCGAGCUGCCUGCAAAGGCUGUAAGCUGCACUUGCUUGCAAACAGGCCUCCAGAACUUGUUUUGCACCCACCGAGUCAAAACGCACCCUCCUUCCACAUAGGAAAAUGGUCUGUCGGGGGAUCGAUAUCAACCUUCUGGGUUUGCUGGUCUGCUAGUGAUUUUUGCAAUAAAAUAAAAUAAAAAGUCAGGGAGGCUUUUGGGAACAUGGCUGCGUGUUCCCUCGGUAACGCUCGUCUGGUCCGCUUUGUGUUGCCAAUGUCCUACCAAGUCCUUAGCAAGCCCUGAGGGUCCUGUAUCGCAUGGGCCUUUGCGUGUGCAAGCUCACAGCUCAUUGUUACUACUUUAGAUUUUAUUGUACUGAGGGAUGCAUCAGGCCUCUGCUGCCUAAGAGCUAGCAGAACCUCCCCCCCGAACCCUUAAAUGUUUGCUUGGUUCAGCUUGAGGUAAAGCAGCAAAAUAGAACCUGGCUCUAGUUUGCCAAGAACUAUCCUGGUUCUAAACUAGGCAAAAAAUCAUCCUCUGUCCAUUUCAGCCAAUGCUGGCCAUGUUAUCUUUGCUAGGUUAGGCUGGUUUCUCCUAGGAUCAGAUUUCUGUCCUGGUUCCCUGCCCACUAGUGAAGUUUAGUAGUGGUGGUAGGAUUUUUUUUUUUUUUGCUUCUUGGAGAGGGCUUGUUUUUUAAAGAAAUAACUUUAGGCAUUGCCAAAAAUUGUCUCCCCCUCCUUCCCCCCUCCCAAGGCCUGGAAUCUGCUACUUUGGACAGGUGUGUUUGCGUGUGGACUGUCUCGGCUGCUCUAGAGGUGGCUGUGUCUUGGUCACGCACCACCUCUGCUGGUCCUUGCUAUGCUCUCAGCACUCCCAGGCCUGCCUGAAGGAUAUUCCAGCAUUUAAUUCAGACUCCCCCCCCCCUUUCCGAAUAACCAAAUAAAUCCGCCAGCUCCACGGAAAGAGAGGCCAAACGGGAAGGGUCUGCCGAGGUGGGCAGGCUGCAUCUCUUCUAUGUCUGCUUUGAUCCGAAAUGUCUUCUGAUUCUCGUGGCUGAGGAUUGUAGGUUUUUGGGGAACCUGUGGCCCUCCAGAUGUUGGGCUCUCAUCAGCCAAUAGUGCCAGAGGUUGUGGGCACUGGCAUCCGGCGUCAUCUGGAUGACUGCAGGCAUUCCCCAUCCCUUUAUCCUACAUGUGAAAAUACUAUAUGCCUAAUAGGUGGGAAUGAACUCAGGUUGUGUCGUGAUAGACCUGUUGAGAGGUGUCCCACUGAAAUUGAUGGACAUGACUAGAGAUGUGAAGGCCCAGGAAAAAAAAGUAAAAUGGGGAGAAAACUGUUCACCCCCCCCCCAGUUUUUCUUCUAGACACGACUAACUUGGGCCCAUUAAUUUCAAUGGGUCUCCUCCGAGUAGUUGGAUACAAACCCCUCCCCUUUAUCCCAUCAAGUUAAAAGCUGCACUCCUUCCCUCCCCCCCCCAAAUCUCUCCACGCUGUUCUUCAACCAUGGGUCCUGAAGACGAUGUGAGACUACAAUUCCCAUCAACCUCAGGCAGCUUAACCAACGGCCAAGGAUGAUGGAAGUUGUAGUCCAACAAUAUCAGUUGAGGUCCAACAUCAGCGGACCCGAGGUCGAAGAACAGUGAUGCAGACGACUUCUUAAGGAAGCUGACGUUGGCCUGAGUGAGAGGUUUCACAUUUUGGGGUGCACCAAAAGCAUUGCUUUUCUUUGUUCUGCCGUUGGUCGAACAGGCGCGGCAGGUUUUUGAACAAAUAGAGGGGAUGGGAAGGUUGCUGAACCUGUUUAACCAAGAGCAGGUAAACGGAGCCAUCAGGAUAGGGAAUCUCUCGUUCAGAUGGCCUUCAACUCCCCAAGAAAGGGGGGGGAGGUUGGACUCUGGAAAGCCAAAGGGUGGCCUACCUCUGCUGUAGAACUUCUAAUGCGACUCGAUGCUUAGGCAAGUUAAGCAAGCCCCCUUGCCUCUAUCACAAAAAGGGGGGCAGACAGUAGACAGGUCACACGUGUGAGGCUAACUUGCACAUUAGAAAAGAGUUGCCCCCGCCCUUUACGGUAUACUCAUCAUACUUAAAGAGGACUUAAUUUGGCAUUAACGAAUGCUGACUAACCUCUGUUGGCUGUCAGUGGUGUAACAGCUGCCUUCAUACUCUGCUGAAAAAACUGGCGCCACAUCUGAACUACACAUUGAAAGUGCCCUGGUAUCACUUGAAACAGUCAUGGCGCACACACACACCGGGAACUGUAGCUUGUGAAGGGUGCUGAGAGGAGCCUCCCUAUUCUCACAGAGCUACGUUUCCCAGAGUGGCUUAGCUGCCAGUCCCUCUUCCCAGGGAGCUCUGGGAGGGGAAUAGGGGUCUCUUUACAGCUCUCUGCACCCUUUGCGAGCUACCAGGGCCGGCACCAGGCACGGCUGGGUCCUUGGACACCAGCCUUCCCAGGCCUAUGGCUCCUGCACACCCUACCUACCUCUCCUGUUGCCUCAGGUGAAUGCCUUUCACGUGCAUGCUUACUAUCAAACAAGAUGGUAGCGGGGGCUCCCUUAAGGGGUUGAUGUAUGGGCAGUGUGCUACCUCCAGCACCAUCUUGGUUGAUGGUGGGUAUGCACACGCAGCAGUCACAGGAAUGGGAGAGAUAGGUGGGGCGUGUGUGCAGGCUUAUUGAUGCCCACGUGGUCUGUAUGGGGGUGUGCCUGGGAGCUCCCUCUCUGCGAUCUGCAGCAGAGUUGGGAGUUGACCGGGAUUACAGAAUGGGAGCUCUACUCUCCCACCCUAAGGAGGGGCCCUUCAGGGCUGCAGGCAUCCUCAACCAGGGCCCAACCUGGCUGCCCUCUUGCGCCGGCCUUGCCAGCUACAGUUCCCAGGAUUCUCUGGGGGGAAGACAUCGUGACUGUUCAAAGUGGUGUCAUAGUAUGGACAUAGCCUGGGAUGUUUGAUCAGUCCAGUGUGGGCCCUGGAAUCCCCCCACAAGCCACUCUUGUUCCCUGGGCCAGGUUUCAGUCUAAUUUGUUGCCCAAGCGGGCUGUCCUGUCUAUCGCGAAUAUUUCCUAGCGCAUGUAAAACCUGUGCCUAGAAUCGCCAUCUAAUGCUCCACGCUCAACACACUUUCCUGACUCCUCUGGCUUCCUUUAGCAUUGUGGUUUGAAUUAAAAACUUGUUUUGUGUUUUG